AUCGCAUAAUUUUCACGUCCUAAGGGCCCGUCGGUGAGUCGGGCAAGUCUCGCCCACCGAAUGCGGUCAGAGUUUCGGAAAACGCCCGCCUUCUCGACUCUGUUGAUUCUGUCAACGAAGCGAAAAUACUUUCGGGGUCCGUGAUCGCACUUCGGCGAACGAAAACGACGGCGGACAAGACCGGCUCGGCGCGGCGGCAAUGGCAGCGAUGGCGGCGACCCGACACUCGCUGCAGUGCGAGCUGUUCCGACCGAACGACGAGCGUCUUGUCGACGUCGUCAACGUCGUCGAGGCGACGAAACGCAAGAAGAUGAGCCUUCUGUGCGCCGUGGUGAGCACGGACAAGCCCGUGCGCGUCAGUUUAUGCCAAGUGAAGAGCACCGACAAGGAUCUUUACAAGAAGAAACACAGCUGGUCUUUGCGCGACCUACGCCUCGUGGACGGCCGGAAAGCGGACAGCGCCGAGUUCGAUUUGCACUUCGAUAAAGUUUACAGGUGGCAAGCCAGGAAUAUACAGGAGCGCAAUGAUUUUUUGCGCUGCCUAUACCGCUUGUGCGUCCACUAUGCGCCGCAGCAGCAACGUCCCCGUUUUGAGAAUGUGCCCAAGACGCUGCUGGAAGACGAUGGCCGGGCUCUGCUUUUGGAGAAGGUGGUCGCGGACGAGGUCGAUGACUAUCAGGCGCUGACGGCACGCGAGGAGGCUGACCUGGAGUGCCUGAUGGCCAAGUACGAGUUUGCCAUUCACAAUGCUGAGGAGUUCACCGAGCAGCUUGCUCGUGAACUGGCUGCGCUGGACGCUUCCAACGUGCAUACCAUCAUGGAGUCUGAACGGCGGGUACAGAAGCUCAUGGAGAUGACACAGGUGGCGCUAGACGAGGUGUGCCGCCUUGAACGCCGUCUGGAUGCAUACGAGCAUCUGCUGCGCACUGUCCGCGACAGCGUGCUGCGAAUGGAGGAGAAGGAUGCCCUGCUGCACGUGCAGAACGAGAACAACGUCCGCCUCCUGCAUGAGCUGGAGACUCUCGUUAAUCAGCUCGACCUGCCGCACGCGCACCAGGUAGCCCUUCUUAAUGGAGACUUGUCCAGCCAGGAUGGCAUUCGUGCCUGCACUGCAGCUGCCCGGGCUCUCGAGGAGGCCUGCAGCGCACAGACCCGCCCAGGCCUGUCCAAGAUGGCUGCCGUCCAGGAGCAGACGAAGCUCCUGGAGAAGCUGCGGGACAAGUUCAGCACCACGCUGUCACACCACCUCAACAAGCUGUUCCUGAGAUUAGCCUCGGAGACAAGCCAGUGCGGUGAGGUGACACUUGUCAAGCACACGGGCUGCCACAAUGAACUGCGACCCUACAGCGAGCUGAUGCUGUGGCUCUCGCGGGCGCCUGACCCAACGCGAUUUGCACAGCUCCAGAAGAACUACAUCAACACGAUGAGCAAGCUCUAUGAGCGUGAGCUCCACAUCUUCUUUGAGCAGGCCAAGGACAGGCUCACCUCAAAGCCCAUGACAGGCACGCUGGACCGACGGUUAUCAAGCAUCCAACAGGCAGAGACAACGGAACCGAUGGAGAAUCGCUUCGAUGCCGUUCUGGAGCGUCUGCUCAGCAUGCUGGAGCCUGUUUGCCUGGCCGAGCAGCAGUUUUGUGCGGCCUUCUUUGGGCUUGGCUCGGCUCGGCUUCCUGGCUCCGUGAGCAGCCAGCCAGCUGCGGCGGGCAUUGGGUACUCAACACCUGUACGUGCUGCCUCAGACGAAGCCCUGGCUUCGGUUCACCGCAAGGAGCGCCAGAUCAACGAGGAGCUCCGCCGCAUGAUGUCGGCCCUCUUCCCAACGCUGGAGGCCAAGCUGCAGAACUUUCUUGAGACGUAUGACAAGUUGGAUGGGGUGUACUCAAUGCACCUGCUGGUGCGGCUCAACCAGCAUGUCAUGUCGGCGCAGGACACCGGUUCUUUCCUCAGCAUGGCCUUUGGCACCGUGGUUGUGCAAGCCAAGCGUAACUUCGACAGAUACAUGGCUGACAAGGUGCGGGCAGUAGAAGAGGCCAAAGCACCAAAGCGCUCCAAGUGCGGCCUGCUGCCUUUCCUCAACCACUUUGAAGAAUUUGCCAAGCAAGCAGAGGCCAUCUUUCGCCAAUCCGAGCGUCGUGCCGACCUCGACAAGUGGUACACACGCCUGGUUCGUGCCAUGUUUGACGCCAUCGGCCGCAUCGCCCUUGAGCACCAAAGAACACCCCCUGAGGUCGUUCGACUAGAGAACUUCCACCAACUGUACACGUUGCUCUACCAACUCAAGAUUAGCUGCCUCGAGGCUGAGCGUCGCGAGGCGAAGCAGCGCUACAGUGAGGCGCUGCAGGCUUACGUGACGCACUACUUCGGUCGGCCACUGGAGAAACUGAACCUAUUCUUUGAGGGCGUCCAGAGCAAAGUGGCGCAGGGCGUCAAGGAGGAGGAGGUGGGAUACCAGCUGGCAUUCAGCAAGCAGGAGCUGCGCAAAGUGAUCAAAGAGUACCCGGGAAAAGAGGUGAAGCGUGGACUGGAGGCCCUGUACCGCAAGGUCGAGAAGCACCUCUCGGACGAGAGCAGCAGCCUGCUACAAGUGGUGUGGCACUCGAUGCAGGACGAAUUCAUCCGCCAGUACAAGUCACUCGAGGCGUUGGUGCAGCGCUGCUACCCGGGGUCCAUGAUUACCCUCGAGUUCACGAUAGACGACAUACUCGCUUUCUUUUCGGACAUUGCUCGUUCCCACUAAUGGCCUUUUCAAUGUGACACAAUAUUGUGCACUUUAAAUGGACUUCCACCGGGGAGACAUGUUCAUUAAGAACACUUCUGUGGAGGAAGCAUGAAAGAGUGCAUGUAUGGCCAUUAAGCUAAUUGUUAUUGCCCCAUACCAAAGGUGUCAGUUGAAAGCUGAAAUUGAAUUGUACGUAUUGUUUGCAUCUAAUUGUGAUAUUGAAUGAUGUUUCACUGGAACUGCAAGAUAGGUUGAACUGCGUUACUGCGACAUUAAGAAAUGAGUUUUUGAUGCUUUGAAUAAACAAAAACUAAGCCUUAUUUAUUUAUUUUACAGGGUGAGAUAUGGCCAUGUAAAGUUAAGUUCACUGUGUUACCUGCAAUGGGGGGGGGGGGGCUUUUUUUAGUGAGAUUGAGUUGUUUUGAUGCUCGAAGAGCCAGGUUGCACAGGACGAAGUAUUUCUAGAGCCUUACAUGACGCACUGUCGUGGCGAUGUCUGGAGUGGUAUUCGAAGUCGAUAACAUUCUGGGACCUGAUAACAUUUGUGAGAGUUCAUGUGGCUUGGCACUGUUCACAUUCGCAGCUGCUAGCUGCAGCGUGCUUGUCGCAGUGUGAGAAACGCUAUUACCUGAAGGCACUGAUGUAUCUGGUGCUAAGUCGUGUGAAAUGUCGUGAAAGUGAUCAUAACCUUGAAGCAGAUCGAUUGAGGAUAUGGCUUAGUGAAAAUAUUUGAAGACACUUUGUGAAUACCCAAGUAUUGGGGCACAAGGACAUUGCCACGAACUUUGCAUGUUACCAGUUCAUUAGCAUGCAAAUCAACUGGAAGCAGUUCACACAUAGUUGUCCAGUCUUAAACACAGUGUGGCUGUUCUGUUCUUGCUUAACUGUCCAGAGGCAAGGCUAUCAUUUGGGAAAGAUUUAGACAAGAAACAUUACAUAUAAUAACUCUGUCAUUUUGAAAUUUGUGUGGCCAUAUGAAAUGUGAAGCUGGAAUGCAUUAAAAGCUCGAGUGCAAAGUGGGUCAUGGUUACGCAGGCUAGAUCUCUAGCACUUCCCAGAUAACAGCGAGCCUGCAUGCUUUGAGGCAUAAUGUCACGUGGAGAUUUCAAGAUCCCAUGCAUCUCAACAGGCGAUGUAGACAAUGCCUCAUAUGGUCAUAUUUUUUCCAAGUCACAGCUUAACAGUUUACCUGUGCUACUCAAGCCACGGCAUAUUUAGCGAUGAGAUUUGAGGCCUACAGGAUGCCAACAGCCCACAUACCUCAGCAGAGGACAAUGCCUCGUGCAAACGCGUUUCUUCUAAGGCCCGGUUUGCACUGGCAGCAUGCCCCUGUGCAGAUGAUGUCAGUCAGAGACGAAAGUUAUUCAGCUACCUUUGGUUUUGAAGCUACCAGCUCACAUUCAUAUACUAAAAGCUCCAUGAGGUAAUGCAUAAGUACAUAAAGGAGGUGAAAAGAAAGGGAGGGGAUAGAAACCUUUGCGAUUUUAGCAGCUUUGCAUCAUUGAUAGCAUUUGUGCAACUUUGACCCUGUUGCUGGUUUACAACUGUAGUGUGACAUAGCGCAGCAAGAGGCAAGUGCUCAGAUGCAGAUUCUUUUAUCUAAUGAAGGACCCCAUGUAACUUGAGGGUAUGUAAAGGGUGAGAGUUAUCAGCGUGCAAACAGAAACCGAGCAGGAUUGACAACAAAUGUGGCAAAGACAGCCAUUUGCUGCAGCCUUCAGCAAUCUAAGUAUCCCAAGUUUAUGAGCACCUAUAGGAUGAAAACGGCAAUCUAUGGCUAGUUUGCGAAGCCUUUUUUGUGGAAUGAGAGGAUGUAUCAGCACAAGUUGUUUGAGUUGCUAGUAGUUGAACUUGCGGCUGAGAACUGUUCAUGACCUUUUAAUUGAAAGUGGACAAUAACCUGACCUAAUUUUUUGGGCAUACCCUGACAUUCACCAACUUUGAGAAAUGUAGUGAAAGUGAUGGGUUACAUCAACCAUCUACAAACAGUUAGCUGAAGAGGGAAUCGAUUGUUGCCUGCUGUUGCUUCAUUUGUUGUGGGGGCUGGUUGAAUGAACACAACGGGCAAGUUGUCCUCGUUUCUCCAAGAUGUGCAAGCAGUUUUCAUUGCUGAUUUUCUGCUGCACUCUGUAGCAUCCACUGUGCUGUGUGAAAUAGGUCAGGUGGAGUAUGGUUUAUUUUCACUGGUGGCCUUUGCAUGUUGUGGGCUUCUGUGCUCAAGUCCCACCUUUAGAGUAACCUUUGGAAAUAUCUUGUAACAACCACAAAAACUGGAAUUGAAGUGCUUCUUUGGAAGGUGUGAGAGUGUGUGCUUUCUAGAACUUAAGCUGAAUGCUGUGUCAUUGUACAAUAUUUGUCACGUGAAAUUCAAGAUUCUGAUUUGUA